UUCUCUGGGUCCUAGAGUGCAGAAGUUCUUCACGCAUACCUGAGCUCCAAGGAGUCUGUGAUUGAUGCAAUUCUACAGACAGACCAGACUCUCACAGAAAAGGAAAAGGAGAUCGAAGUGCAACGUGUGAAAGCUGAAUCUGCAGAGGCUGCAGCAAAAAUGCUGGAGGAAAUGCAAAAGAAGAAUCAGCAGAUGAUGGAGGAGAAAGAAAGGAGUUACCAGGAACAUGUGAAACAAUUGACUGAGAAGAUGGAGCAGGAGAGGGCCCAAUUAAUGGCAGAACAAGAGAGGGUUCUGGCUCUUAAACUUCAGGAACAGGCCAAGUUACUAAAGGAAGGAUUCCAAAAUGAGAGCAGACAACUUCAGAAAGAAAUAGAGAAUCUCAAGAAUAACAUGAAAAAUAGCAGCGGCGGUGGUUGUAUCUUAAUCUAAAGACCUAAGGGAAAGCUUCUCUGGUCACUCUACCCAAGGCAUAACUCAAGCAGUUUUAGAAUCUGGAAAAAUGUCACAACUUGAGAAAAAGUGACCUUCUUUAAGCUGAUAAAAGUAAUCUACAAAAAGCCCUUCACCUAACAUACUUAAUGAUAAAAAAUGGAAUGCUUUGCCCCUAACACAGGAAUAAAGCAAAGAUGUGAAGUCUCCCCACUCCUGUUAAACAGUAUAAUGAAAGGCUUCCUACAAUAUCAAAAAGGAAGGAAGGAAGGAAGGAAGGAAGGAAGGAAGGAAGGAAGGAAGGAAGGAAGGAAGAGUGAUCAGAAAGGAUAAAAUAAAACUGCCUAUAUUCUCACACACUUUGAUUAUUCACAUAGAAAAAUCCCAGAGAAUCUGCAACAAAAGCAAAAAACAGCAACAACAAUGACUCUUGGGACAACUUUGUAAGUUUAAAAAGGUUGUAAGAUUCAAGGUCAAUACACAAAUAUCCACUUUCAACUGUAUUUUAUAUAAAAGCAAUGGACUAUUAAAAACCAAAAAUUAAAAAACAAUGUCACUUACAAUAGCUGUUUCUGAAAUAUGGAAUACUUAGGUAGAAAUAUAACUAAAAACGCACAUGAUCUUCUAUGUUGAAAAACAUUCUAAGACCAAGAGAUUAUGGGAUCGAUCAUGAUGUAUGAAUUUCCUUAAAUUCCAACUCCCUUGUUGUUUUUAUGAUGUUCCUUUUACUCAUUGUAGAGAAGAUUCAAGGCCCUUAUUUUUAGAGUUAUCUCUGACAAAAGCACAUGCCUAGUAUUUGUUAAGUUUCGCUGAGCACUAAAAAUAUGUCAACUGCGGGGGGCAGGUGGGUAUGGGAGGGUCAAUGGGGAAAAUGGGUGAUAGCUGUAAUACUAUCAACAAUAAAGAUAAAUUAAAUAUGUCUA